UUCCACGUCUCUUUCUCUCUCUCUCUCUAAUCUGAACUAUCCUAGAAAGAACUCAUUUCCAUAGCCCAAUCUCUCCUUAUAAAACUGUUGUAUUCUCUCUCUGUAAUCAACAUAUAAUAGAUUCUCUCGCUCUCUCUGUAAAAACAUCUAUAAAAACAAGCUCAUCACCACCACAACCACAGAGCUUUUGUUCAGAUUGUGAACUAUAUAGCUUCAAAAAAAAGGCACAACUCGUUUCUUGUUACCAUUUGUCGCAAUUUUGUUGAUAAACCGCCAUGAGCAAUCUGAAGUUAGUUGUGGAGGUUGUGAGCGCACACAACCUUCUUCCCAAAGACGGGCAGGGCUCAUCUAGCUCCUACGUGGAGCUUCACUUUGAUAAUCAGAGAUUCCGGACCACCGUCAAAGAAAAAGAUCUGGACCCUGCUUGGAAUGAAACUUUCUAUUUCAAUAUCUCUGAUCCAAACAACUUAUCUGAACUCACUCUCCAUGCCUAUGUCUACAACAAUGUACAAGCAAACCACUCCAAAUCAUGCCUUGGCAAGGUUAGCAUCAACGGGACAUCAUUUGUACCUUACUCUGAUGCUGUAAUUUUACAUUACCCUCUAGAGAGAAAAGGCCUUUUUUCACGUGUAAGAGGUGAGCUUGGCUUGAAAGUUUUUUUUACUGAUAAUCCUUCCAUUAGAUCGUCAAAUCCCCUUCCUGAAAUGGAAUCUUCGAUGUAUACAAAUUCAUACCCAAAUUCAUACCCUACCCAAGCUCAAGCACCCCCUCAACAACUUCCGAACUUUGUCCCAAACCCAUUUUCCAACAAAAACAAUGAGCCAAGAUCAAGACGCACAUUUCAGCAUCUUCCAAACACAAACAACCCACAGAAUCAGCCUCAGUUUUCUGCCCCGGUGAUCCAGCCACCAGUAAGAUAUGGGGCUGAUGAGAUGAGAGCUGGACCACAAGCUCCUAAAAUCGUGCGCAUGUACUCUGCUUCCUCAUCACAACCGGCUGAAUUUGCACUUAAAGAGACAAGCCCAGUCCUUGGAGGGGGACGAAUUGUUGGGGGACGUGUUAUUCGUGCAGACAAACCUGCUAGCACUUAUGAUCUUGUCGAGCCAAUGCAAUUCCUUUUUGUGCGUGUUGUGAAGGCCCGGGACCUCCCUACGAAGGACCUUUCUGGGAGCCUUGAUCCUUAUGUUGAAGUCCGCAUUGGGAACUAUAAAGGAAUCACAAGGCACUUUGAGAAAAACCAGAACCCUGAGUGGAAUGCAGUGUUUGCAUUUUCCAAAGAGAGAAUGCAAUCAUCGGUCUUGGAAGUUGUCGUUAUGGAUAAGGAUUUGGUGAAAGAUGACUUUGCUGGGAUAGUUCGGUUUGAUCUUAAUGAGGUCCCUACGCGUGUCCCUCCAGAUAGCCCGUUGGCGCCAGAAUGGUACCGUUUAGAAGACAAAAAAGGCGAGAAAAAGAAAGGGGAAUUGAUGCUUGCUGUUUGGAUUGGAACGCAAGCGGAUGAAGCAUUUCCUGAUGCUUGGCAUUCAGAUGCAGUUUCCCCUGUUGACAGCUCAUUUGGCUCCACACAAAUCCGGUCCAAAGUCUACCAUGCCCCGAGGUUAUGGUAUGUCCGGGUUAAUGUGAUUGAGGUACAAGACUUGGUUUUAGCUGAAAAGACUCGGUUUCCGGACGUAUACAUUAAGGCAGCGAUUGGUAACCAACUUUUGAAGACUAAACCAGUUCAAGCUCGAACGAUGAAUGCAUUUUGGAAUGAGGAUCUCAUGUUUGUCGCUUCUGAACCCUUUGAGGAUCACUUGAUUCUAACUGUUGAAGAUCGCGUGGGACCCAACAAGGAUGAGGUCCUUGGGAAGGUCAUUGUGCCAUUGAGCUCUGUUGAAAGGCGUGCUGAUGAUCGUCCUGUUCACUCCUGCUGGUACAAUGUUCAGAAACCGAGUUCAGAUGAUGUGGAACCGUCGAAGAAAGAUAAGGAUAAAAAGUUUUCUACUAGGCUUCAACUCCGAAUCUGUCUCGAUGGGGGGUACCACGUGCUUGAUGAGUCAACUCAGUACAGCAGCGAUCUCCACCCCACAGCGAGGCAGCUCUGGAAAAAAUCAAUUGGGGUAUUGGAACUUGGGAUUUUGAAUGCUGACGCGCUCCACCCAAUGAAAACAAGAGAUGGAAGGGGUACAUCUGACACGUAUUGUGUAGCAAAGUACGGUCACAAAUGGGUUCGAACCAGAACGAUCAUCGAUAGCUUGAACCCAAAAUAUAAUGAGCAGUACACAUGGGAGGUCUUUGAUCCUGCCACGGUGCUCACCGUGGGCGUUUUUGACAACGCUCAGCUUGGGGACAAAGGCUCAAACGGUAAUCGGGAUGUGAAAAUUGGGAAGGUUCGUAUUCGACUCUCUACUCUUGAAACUGGUCGCGUUUACACACAUACGUAUCCGUUGCUAGUCCUUCACCCUUCUGGGGUGAAGAAAAUGGGGGAGUUACAUAUGGCAAUUCGGUUUUCGUGCACAUCGAUGGUUAACAUGAUGUUUAUAUACUCGCGCCCGCUAUUGCCAAAAAUGCACUAUGUGAGGCCGUUGACCGUGUUACAACUCGAUUUGCUUCGCCACCAAGCCGUCAACAUAGUGGCGGCUCGGCUUAGCAGAGCCGAGCCCCCUCUUAGAAAGGAAGUCAUUGAGUACAUGACCGACGCACAUUCGCAUUUGUGGAGCAUGAGGCGGAGCAAGGCAAGCUUUUUUAGGCUAAUGUCGGUUUUCAACGGGCUAUUUUCCGUUGGAAAGUGGUUUGGUGAGGUUUGUAUGUGGAAAAACUGGAUCACAACCGUGCUAGUACACGUACUCUAUGUGAUGCUAGUUUGUUUUCCCGAACUCAUUUUGCCCACAGUGUUCCUAUACAUGUUCCUAAUAGGCCUUUGGAACUACCGGUUUCGUGCAAAAUAUCCUCCUCACAUGAACACAAGGAUUUCCUGUGCUGACGCCGUGCACCCUGACGAGCUUGAUGAGGAAUUCGACACGUUUCCCACUUCAAAAAGUGCAGAUUUGGUCCGAUAUAGGUAUGAUCGGUUGAGAAGUGUGGCAGGUAAGAUUCAGACCGUGGUGGGUGAUGUGGCAAGUCAAGGUGAGCGGGUUCAGGCUUUGCUGAGCUGGCGCGAUCCACGUGCUACAACUAUUUUCGUGACAUUCUGCCUUUUUGCUGCCGUUGUGUUGUACUCUACUCCAUUAAAGGUAUUAGCUGCCAUUGCCGGUUUUUAUGUGAUGAGGCAUCCUAGGUUUCGACAUAAGUUGCCGUCAGCCCCGCUCAAUUUCUUCCGCCGGCUGCCAGCUAGGACUGAUAGCUUGUUGUAAGGGUGUUGGUUGCAAAUUUUUGUUAUUUGUUGAUCCAUCAAAUUCUGUUUUGCUUGCUAGUGUUUGUGUACUUUUUCAUACAUAAAACUGAAAAUUUGUUAUAUAUGUACUUUUGUGUUCAAUGACAUGGAAGUGUUCAUAUUUGAUUUUUGUUGCGGUUGGUUCAUUUGUCAUAUAGGAUUGACUUUUUAAGUGAAAGAUUUUGAUUAAGUCAGUCC